CAUAUGUGGUGGCAAGGCCACGCAAGUCGCAAUUGGCCACGAUCAAUCUCACAAUGUGGCCAGGUUCGGGAACUUCAGAUGUACCGACGACUACUGGCCUGCGGCACCCAACACAUGUCAUCUUUUGUGGCCCAUCAAGAUAUAACACGAACACGAGGCGUCAUGGGACGGAGACAACAUAUAAGGCGCCCCAUGAAAUAGUGCAUGCCACCACGCGUCUGCAGAUCCAUAAGGCCUGCUCGACCUCUCUUGGCUACAGCACUCCGCCCCACUAGGUACGCCAGCCGCUCCCGAUCGGACCAUCGCGGCGUCAUACUGACGCCUCUGCCACAGAGUCAAGUGAUGCCGAAACAACUCGAGUCCCGCCAUCAAAAGCGUUCUCGUUCCAACAACACGUUGGCAGACGCCUCGAAAUCGCCCCACAAAGUUGAUCGUGGCCGAUCGCCACGCCCUUCCACCGGUCGGAAAUCGUUCGUCAGACGCCGAAGUAGGACCCACUCUCCCUUCAAGCGCCCUAAAACACCGAAGAAGACGCUCGCUACGCUCGUCGCCCAAGCGCGAUCUCCCAAAAAGCAGGAAAGGAGUCCAAUGAAAACCGACAUCGAAGAAGCGACGGGAGCUAACGAUGCUGCUAGUGGUGCUGACACGGAAGUGACGAAGAGAGCGAGUAACAAUGACGACAAAAAAUAUGCGGACCUUGAAGACUAUUUCCCGCAUCGAAGCGCAUUUCCAUCCCCGCAAACCUACAGGCGCUACCGCGAUUCAGAUGGAAAAUGGACCACGGUAGCUGAAGGCUACCCGCAACCAAUCAUUCCGUUAAUUCCGAAGUCUCCGUUGCUUGGGCAGAAGGACAUGGGCAUGGGAAAGGGGAAGGCAAAAGGAACAACAGAUACACUCAUCGAGGAAAGUAAGGCUCACCAAGAGUGGGCAGCUAUGCGCCAACUGAUCCUCACUUGGGAGGCCACAGAGAUCGACGAGGAGGAGCAGUAUGCCAUUUUAGAUGAUUUUUAGCCGCAGACCUUCCCAGUGUCAGCUCGCCGGCUCUCGUGAGCCUUCGGUGAUGCGCACGUUGAUAAGAUAGUAUCGUUCAAUCCACAGAGUCUGCAACGAGGUUUGACGCCACAUAAACGUAAGAUAACCUGAGGACCUUCUCCAGGCUGCAGAAAGCUAUGCGGGAUGAAUCUCUUGUCCACACGAAGCAUCGUAUCGAGCACUCAUAAGCAGCACAGCGCGAUAUCGGCCCGCUAAACUGGUGCUUUCCUCUGGCAUCGAGGACAGAUAGUAAAUCGUUUGCCGCACAGAUACUAGCAACGGACUGUAGUAGGUCACGUCGAGGAUUUAGAGGCUUGUUAGGGAGAUAUCGAAGUACUCUUGCGCAGAACUAAAGCGACAACAUGGAUGAUCCCUUCGGCUAACAACAGCGCAUUGAUGAU